UCAACACAACACAACCGGAAUGUGCAACAUGGGUCUGCCUGCUCUUUUACGCCUGAGACCAUUCAUUUGCAGUGCGCCUGUAAACAGGACAAUAGUUUGAAGAGAAGUUAAUGAAAGGUAAUAAUGUGACUAUUUUGUUUUUAGUGUUUCACCCUGCAGUUUUUCAGAUUGUGUAACAAGCCAGGGAUUCACGAGAAUGGUGUUCCAUAAAAUGUAGUUUCACUUUGGACCCAACCUUCACCCUGUGGAAGAGAGACAUAGAGCACAGCAUCCUCUUGCAGAGACACCAACAGACAUAUCGGUCCACCAGCUGCCGGAUCAUCACAGAUUCUCCUGAACAACAGCCUUCAUCCUCCUCAUCCUCCACCAGACGUGCAGGAGAUAUAUGCGUUGUUCAUCCCUGCAGCUGAUUAGCUACCUACAACAUGCUCCACCCCCUGCUCAUCCUGACAGUUCUCAGCUCGCUGACAGCAGGUGAUUCCCAAAGUGUCAACCCGUGUAACACCUACACGGUGCUGAAUGAUGAGUGGCAUCCAGUAAAUAAGACAAACACAGGGAAUGAACACUGUGAUGUGUAUAUUCACGAGCAAGGCUGGUAUCGUCUGUUUCUGGGGAAUUCCAAUGCUCGUAUUCCUGAGAGGUGUGUAGAGCCACACAGUUGUGGAACUCAGUUGCCUCUGUGGAUAACAGAACCUCAUCCCACUCAGCCAGAUGAAACUGUAACUGUCAAAGUGUGUCUUAGUUGGUAUGGCAGCUGCUGCAUCCUUCCUCCACAAUCUAUCCAAGUCAAACUCUGCUAUGGAGGCUACUAUGUCUACAAACUGGCACAGUCUCCUGAAUGCAAAGUUGCGUACUGUGCAGAAAGUUACCCAGACGUGGAAACCAGCACAGUGCCCAGCGAGGUCCCCAGUGUGGAACCGAGUGUGGAACCCAGCGAGGUGCCCAGGGUGAUGCCGAGUGUGGAACCCAGUGUUGUUCCCAGCGUGAUGCCGAGUGUGGAACCCAGUGUUGUUCCCAGCGUGGUGCCGAGUGUGGAACCCAGUGAGGUGCCCAGCGUGGUGCCAAGUGUGGAACCGAGUGUAGAACCCAGCGUGAUGCAGAGUGCGCAACCCAGCAAGGUGCCCAGCGUGAUACCGAGUGUGGAAUCCAGCAUGCUGCCCAGUGAAGUCCCCAGUGUGGUGCCAAGUGUGCAACCCAGCGAGGUUCCCAGCGUGGUGCCGAGUGUGGAACCGAGUGUGGUGCCAAGUGUGGAACCCAGUGAGGUCACCUGCAGGUUCCCCAGUGUGGUGCCGAGUGUGGAACCCAGCGAGGUUCCCAGCAUGAUGCCGAGUGUGGAACCCAGUGUUGUUCCCAGCGUGGUGCCGAGUGUGGAACCCAGUGAGGUCCCCAGUGUGGUGCCGAGUGUGGAACCCAGCGUGGUGCCGAGUGUGGAACCCAGCGAGGUUCCCAGCAUGAUGCCGAGUGUGGAACCCAGUGUUGUUCCCAGCGUGGUGCCGAGUGUGGAACCCAGUGAGGUCCCCAGCGUGGUGCCGAGUGUGGAACCCAGUGAGGUCCCCAGUGUGGAACCGAGUGUGGUGCCCAGCAUGGUGCCGAGUGUGGAACCCAGUGUUGUUCCCAGCAUGAUGCCAAGUGUGGAACCCAGCGUGGUGCCGAGUGUGGAACCCAGCGUGAUGCCGAAUGUGCAACCCAGCGAUGUGUCGAGUGUGGAACCCAGCGAGGUGCCCAGCGUGAUGCCGAGUGUGGAACCCAGUGUUGUUCCCAGCGUGGUGCCGAGUGUGGAACCCAGUGUUGUUCCCAGCGUGGUGCCAAGUGUGGAACCCAGUGAGGUCACCUGCAGGUUCCCCAGUGUGGUGCCAGGUGUGGAACCCAGUGAGGUGCCAAGUGUGGAACCGAGUGUGGUGCCCAGCGAGGUGCCAAGUGUGGAACUGAGUGUUGUUCCCAGCGUGGUGCCGAGUGUGGAACCCAGUGAGGUGCCCAGCGUGGUGCCAAGUGUGGAACCGAGUGUGGUGCCCAGCGUGGUGCCAAGUGUGGAACCCAGCGUGGAACCCAGCGUGAUGCCGAGUGUGCAACCCAGCGUUGUGUCGAGUGUGGAACCUAGCGAGGUGCCCAGCGUGAUGCCGAGUGUGGAACUGAGUGUGGUGUCAAGUGUGGAACCCAGCGAGGUUCCCAGCAUGAUCCCAAGUGUGGAACCCAGCGAGGUUCCCAGCAUUAUACCGAGUGUGGUGCCGAGCGUGGAACCCAGUGUUGUGCCCAGUGUGGAACCCAGUUUGGUGCCGAGUGUGGAACCCAGUGUGGUGCCCAGCGAGGUGCCCAGCAUGAUGAACUCUGUCUGCACUGUGACUGGCCCCACUGUAAUUGAUUUCCACGGCCAGAUGAACUCCCUCCAGGAUCGUUGUGGGUACUGUCUGUUCUCCACUCCAUCAGUCCCAGACUUCCAUGUGCAGGGGAACUUCAGGGAACGGCAUCGUAAAGAUGUGAGCUUUUUGGACAGUGUGACACUGUGUCUGGGCGAGCCGGGCAUUCGCAUUCACCUGGAACAAGGUGGGAGAGUUCAGCUGGACGACUCCAUGCUUACCCUCAACAGCUUGCCUCAGUUGGAUCACGGUGUGCAGCUCUCUAAGGACCAAACUGGAGUCACCGCCAAGCUGUCGCUCUCCAACCUCACCAUCUCUGUCUUCUUUGAUGGCUACACCGCACAGAUCCACUUAGAAGGACCUGCUGGUUCAUCUGUGGAGGGUCUGUGUGGAAACUCCAGGUCUCUGAGGCUCCCUGAGUACAGCUCCACCAGCUGUGAGAUGCAGUACAGUGAGACUAUUGACAACACGAUCAACUGCACCAGUGUGACUGAACGCUGUAAUCUCCUGAAGAAGGCGCCCUUCUCCUCCUGUAACAGUGACAUUGACCCAGAGCCCUACAUAACCGCCUGCACCGACAUUUUGUGUAAAUAUCCUGCAGUGGACGGACUCAACUGUCAGUUCCUGAAGGCCUACGCCAGAGCCUGCAGUCUACACAACCACACUCUGGAUGGCUGGACAUCAAAGACCGGCUGCUCCUCUGAGGCUUUCUGUCAGGACUGGACCUGCAGCGAUCACGAGUUCUGUGGUGAGAAGACGGUCGGUGGUGACACUCGCUGCUUCUGUCGGGCCAUUUUUGCCUCAAAGUACCAAGCAAACAACUCUUUGGGUGACCCAACGGUCUGCAUGCAGGACUCUGCUUCAGUCACUCUGGUCGGUUGUCUCCUGGAGGACAAAGACAUCGACUACUCUGCCUUACACCUCAACGACCCGUCCUGCAGGGGUCAGGUGGACGAGCUCACCCACAUGGUGACCUUCAGCUUCAACAGCAGCAACAGCUGUGGGACGGAGGUCACGACCAACAACAGCCAAGUGAUCUACAAAAACACCAUCAUGACCCAGAACAGCUCCUCUGACAUCAUCACUCGUCAUGACCAAGUCUACAUCGACUUCUCCUGCGUCCAAACUCAGCCGGACAUCAAGACUGAGACCUUCAGGAUCAGAGACAGCUCUGUGAUCCAGCACAUCACAUCUGGAGUUUGGGAUUACACUCUGACCAUGCAGAGCUUCACCGACGCCGGCCGCACACAAGCUGUGGAGUCCAACACUGACGUGCAGCUGAACCAGAAGAUCUGGGUGGAGCUGAAGACUGACGGGCUGGAUGGAGACAUGGUUGUCAUGGUGACCGACUCCUGCUGGGGAACUGACCAGCCAUCACCCGACAGCACUCUGAGAUACAACCUGAUCAUAAACAGCUGUGCCAACCCUGCUGACCAGACUGUGCAGGUGGAGGAAAACGGACUGGGAACCUCCAACUACUUCUCCUUCAACAUGUUCGAGUUCACUGGGGGCUCUGGUGAAGUCUUCCUGCACUGCAAACUCCACCUGUGUCCCAAACAGAACAACUGUGUCCCGACUUGUCCUGGAGCUGCUCGCAGACGCAGAUCUGCCAGGUCCAAAUAUGAAGGUGAAGCAUUCAUCAGCAUGGCCUGGACUCAUUAGGUGGUUUCCAUGGUGACUCGGGCUGACUGAAAGACUGCCAACCUCCGUGAUGAUCCCUGAUUUUUGAUUGGUCCUGAUCAAGGCCCUUUAUGUGUGACAGGUUGAGCUCAGUGUUGCUGUGAACUCCCACAGCUGGAAUAAGCAGAUGAGUAGUGGAAGUGAAGACAGGACCAAACUGUUGUCUCUGACAGAUGAUGACUCUACACCUUAUAUUUACCUAGUUUUACUGGAAUCCUGGUGAAGGGAAGAGUGUCUGUUUUUGAUAUAUAACCAAAUAAAUAUAUUUGUAGUACAUCAACAAUUGUGAAACAAUUGCAAGUAUAGCUAGGUGGACGUCAGAACGUCCCAGGAGGCCUUUAGACUUUUAGGCUGUCAAAUGCUGGAUUAGAGUCAACCCUAACGACUUGUUUGACUUGUGAAGUCCUAAAUACAAACACAUCUGCGUUCACAGGUCUCAUACAUCCACAAGCAGUAACGCCUUCAACCACAGAAGGACUUUUACUUUUCAAGUUGUUAUACUUGAAGAUUUGUUGGGCAUAACGAUGUCAAAUUAUUCAGCAUUUGACAGGAAAAUAAAAGGAUUGGAGGAGAUUUUGACAAAACAUAUAGUUGUAGACAAAAAUUGCUGGUGAAUAAUUUAAAGGGGAUGGUAUAAUUAGUUCACUUUUGGAUUUCAGGGUGUCUUUUUGGUUUCUUUUUUUGAUUGUAUGUGUUUUUGCCUUUAAGUAAUCAUUAAAGUAAUCUAAAUACAGGAUGAUGCAAGAGGCUACAGAGGUGUGAGCUUCUCAAAAAUUCAGAUUUAGUUAUUAAAAAUAUCACUGGACACAGAACAAAGUGACACCAAAGUAUCCAACACGAUCAACAUUCACCUGAAUCUGAGACCACAGCACAACUUUGAAAUGCUUGCAUUCUUUGUGUUUUCUGUGAGUGUUGUGGAGACAGUAGCGCUGGUCACAUUUUUGCUGAUGAGCUGCUCUGUCUCCUUCAUUGCUUUGUUUCUUGUUCCCAUAUAAAAAAAUAAAUAAAUAAAGGAUGAGAGUGUUAAAAGCUACUGAAGGACUUUGAAGUGUACAUAAAUCUUCAUGCUACCGAGCCAGAUCUUUCUAUUACAGCUUAUUUCCCAAUGAAUAAUUAUUUCCUGUUAGAGGAUGACUUGAUGAUAUAAGAGAAAGAUUACAUGCUCACAUAACAUCCUUCAUCCAGAACAGCCAGUCAGCAGUUGAGCGGGUACACCACAACAUGUUUAAAUGCAUUAAAAAAAAAAAAAAACAGAAAAAAAAGGAAAAAGAAAAGAUUUUUCCAGCUCAGCAGACAUAGCAGUGAUUUUAAGGGGAAACAAACCAAACAAAACCCUGAAAUACACAAAGUCAGAUUUUAUUUAUUCAAAUUCUGAAUCUUUAAGGAAAAUGUGACUGGUAUUAGCUGAAUUAUACCAGUCAAAUACAUUUCAUUUUACUUGAGUCCAGUAAACAUUUUACAUUUUAACAAAAUUACACAGGUAAUUUAGAUGUAAUUAAAUUAGUUAAUAUAAAGUAGUUAAUUUUGGGUAUAAAGUCUUUUUGAGUGGGUGCUACCAGAUGACUUUCUACAACAUGAGGAAAGCAAAGCAUUGUGUGGUAGGAGUGUGGUCUCUGCACUGAAAAAAUGGGAAUUGGCAGGCUUUUGAAUUUGCACAAAUGAAUUUAGUUAAUGCUACACAAGCCUUUCAUGUUUCUCUUAUUUACAUGAUUGAAUAAAGUACCAUUUACUUGA